CCGAGCCGUGAGGAAGCGGCCCGCGCUCCCACGUCCCUCGGCGUCUCGAGAGGCCGCUCCGCGCCUCCCAGCCUGGGCCUGCCGAGAGCAUGAGCGUGCCCGAGCCUCCCGGGGAGAUGGAGCCGGCUGGGGAAGAGGAGCGGCCGCCACCGGCGGCCGAGGCAGAGGGCGAGGAGGAGGUGGCCGAGGCGGCCCCGGCCACGGGGCCGGCCCGCGGGAGGAGUGCCUCCUCGCUGGAGGACGCGGCGGACCCGGCGGAGGAGGCGGCGGAGACGAAGGGGGUCGCGGGCGGUGGCUGCAAGGAGCAGGAACUGACCUACGAGCUGCAGCAGGGUUACCGCAUCCUGGGCGAGUUCCUGCAGGAGAAGCAUAGGGGCCUCACUGCCCCCUUCCUGCAGCCCUUGGGGGGCGUUGCCAGCGGGGAAGAGGAGGCGGCCGAGGGGCCGCGCGGCGGGGGCCGGGGCAGUCGCGCCGUCCCGCCGCCGCCGCCGGGCCAGGGCAUGUGUUUGCUGAAGAUGGAGGAGAAGUUCGCCAGCGGCCAGUACCGGGGCAUCACGGAGUUUGUGGCGGACUUCAGGACGAUGCUGGAGACGUGUUACCGCCUGCACGGAGUGGACCAUUGGAUCUCCAAACAGGGCCAGAAGCUAGAGAUGCUGCUGGAGCAGAAGUUGGCGCUUCUCUCUCGGCACUUGAGAGAAAAGACAACGAUAGCAGUUACAUCUAGAGGCUAUUAUGGAUUGGAGGAUGAGAAGGGAACUGCAUGUACUUCAACAAGGCGUCGGUCAACACCUCGAAGUUUGGCAGGCUUGACCAGUGGAGUUUUUGAGUCUAUAAUGGUUCAAGUUUUGAGACAGGAAGAACAGCUGAGAGCAAAAGAAGAAAAAAGACUUCGGGAGCAGGAAAGAAAAGAAGCAGAAGAAGCUUGUCAAAAAGAAAUAGAAGAAUGGGAAAGAAAACUUCUAGCUCAAGCAGCUCCAACUUGCAUGGAGAACAUGUGGGAAAUUCCAGCCAUUGGACAUUUCCUUUGUUUAGCCCAGCAAAUUCUAAAUUUGCCAGAAAUAGUCUUUUAUGAAUUGGAACGUUGUCUUCUGAUGCCUCAGUGUAAUACUUUUCUAUCAAAAAUUAUGACUUCUUUAUUAAGUCCUCCUCAUCGCAGACCUACCUUACAUCGAAGACCUACUUUGCCUUAUAGGACCUGGGAAGCAGCACUCAGACAGAAAGUACAGCAGUGGUAUACUGCUGUAGGGCAGACUGAAAAUCCUGAUAAUUGUGCUGAAAAACUUGGGUUGUGUCCUCAAUUUUUUAGAGUUCUUGGAGAAGUUAAUCCAUUGGAAGAGAAACCUUUUCAUGAACUACCCUUCUACCAAAAAGUGUGGUUACUUAAGGGUCUUUGUGACUUUGUAUAUGAAACACAAAAAGAAGUUCAAGAUGCUGUACUUGGACAGCCUAUUCAUGAGUGCAGGGAAGUUAUCCUUGGUUAUGAUUAUUUGGAAAAUGCUUAUGUACAUUUUCCACAGUUCUGUGGUGCAGAUGUACGGAUUUAUAAACAGAGACCCUUUCAGGCCCCAGAAUUUCCAAUUCCACCCAUUCAAGUACAAAGAGUACCUCGGAUUAAACUGGAGAAAUUAAAGUAUGACUAUGUUAGUACAAGUAAUGGAGAACAUAGGUGUAGUAGAGAAGGCCUGCCCUCUGCCGUCAGGAAAGAACAAGAAAGUAAGUUUGAUUCACCUUGUUGCCCUGCUAACGUGAACUUUGAUAAUCAUGACAUCUCUGUUGAAAUGGAAGUUAAAUCUAACUGUGAAAUUAAAAUUCCCAGGCCCUCUGAAAUUAAAAAAACUGAUUGUUGUAAGGAGAAUUUGGGAAAACCUGGGAGUCCAGGGGAAGUUACUGGCUUUGGUGAGCCACUCAGUCCAGGUGAAAUAAGGUUUAUAGAAAAUCAGGAAAAGUAUGGUGAAACUUCCAGAAUAAAAAGUGAGUCUAGUCCAUUAAAAGAAAAUUCCCUAAAAUCUUGUCAAAUUCAUAUAAAUGGAAGUCACACUGAUCAUCCAGAAAUUAACUGCCACAAAAUUGUAAGGGAUUUCUUAUUAGAGCAGUCAAUGCAGAGUCACAAGAAACUCAAACUAACAAAAAUGAGGGCAAAAAAGAAGAAAAAGAAAAAAAAGAAAUUGAAAGAUGUUUUGAAUGAAAAUUUACAGAGAAAACGUGAAAGUCUUCAUUCUCUUGUAUUCAAGUCUUACAAACCUGAGAUCCAGAAUAAGUUAUUGAUCAUCAAAAAGAAGGCAAAACAUAAGAAGCACAAAUCUGGAAAAAAAUCUAUAUCUAAGAAAGCAAUCACAAAGAAAAGGAAAACUCUCACAAAAUCACCUGCUGUACCAGAAUUUCAGCUUAUUUGCACUAAUCUUGAUGAACUCAGGGAAUUAAUCACAAAAAUCGAGAAUGAACUCAAAGAUCUGGAAAACAGUAGAAAAAAAUCGGGCAAAUGGUAUCAUCGGAGACAAGCUGUAAAAGAAUUGCAUAGUACAUUGAUACGUCUUUUAAAUGAAUUAUUACCAUGGGAACCAAAGUUAAUGAAGGCUUUUCAAAGAAACAGGAGUCGCCUAAAGAAAGACUAUGAUGAUUUCAGAAGACAACCUGAUCAUGAUAAAUUUUCUCGAGAGCUGUGGACUACUGAAGAAUGUGAAGGAGAUCCUGGGAAAGAAUCUCCUAAAGUAGAAAUCAAUAGGUCUAUAGACUCAACAGAACCUCUAGAUAUCCUGGAGAAAGAUCACUUUGAUUCAGAUGAUAUGAAAUUGUCAGAAAUUGAUUUUCCUAUGGCCAGAAGCAAACUGUUGAAAAAGGAAUUGCCUUCUAAGGAUGUACUGAGGACACUGCCUAAAACACUUAAACGACAGUCCAAACAAACUAAUUAUCUGGAUGAUAGCACAAAAGAGCUUUCCCCAAGGAAGAAGGCAAAGUUAAGCACAAGUGAAACAACAGUUGAAAAUUUACAAGGUGAUAUGCAGAUUGACUGUUUGAAUGAAUCAAAGCGUAUAGAGCUACCAUUUCCAGAGUCACUUGCCUCAGUGGAUUCAGUACCAGUGUCUACUCUCCAAAAAGGGACCAAGCCCAUUCAGGCAUUGCUUGCAAAGAAUAUUGGGAACAAAGUGACCUUAACAAAUCAACUGCCCCCUUCUACAGGUAGAAGUGCUCCUGCUGUGGAAAAGCCAGUUGUAUCUCCUCCAGAAGCAAGCCCCAUGAAGCCAGCAUUAACCUGCCUAUCCAGUACAAAAAGUCCUUUACAGAUGGUAUACAAAAUGCCCUGUGGUCAGUGGUUGCCCAUAGAUCUUCACAAUAGCUCUGUGAAAAUUCAGAUGCAACCUGUGAUGGAUCCUAAAACAGGAGAAAAAAUUAUGCAACAGGUUCUUAUUUUGCCUAAGAAUUUUGUGAUUCAGCACAAGGAAGGAAAAGCAGUUGCAAAAGAAAUAUCACCACUUCAACAAAAAGGUACAGAACAACAUUACCCAUCUUUCCCAGCAACAGCAAGUACAAAUGCUUCUUCAGCGUCAGUUCUUGUCACCUCAACAAGUACUGUUUCUGCCCAACUGCCUAACACAGUUUUUAACAAGAUAAUUGCACCUCCAUCAAAUAGUAGUAGUGCUAGACCACAGCCUUUGUCACCUAAAUCCUCUGUAAGUAAUUUAUUAUUACCACCAGUUAAAACUAGCCAGAGUGAAGCAGGAAAAACCAAGAAUGCAGUUUCAGCAGCCACAUUCCCCCAGCCUGUUGCUUCACCUACUGUUUCCUCAACAGCUCAACCUCUGUUAUCAGCCACAACACUAAGUGGGCCUACAAAUCUUGGUAACCCCCUCACCUGUUUUGCACAACAAACUGCUGACUCUGCUGAAGCAAAGCAGGAACUGAAAACUGUGUGUAUAAGAGAUUCACAGUCAAUUCUUGUUAGGACACGAGGAGGUAACACUGGAGUUGUAAAAGUGCAGACCAAUCCAGAUCAGAGUUCCCCCAACAGCUUAUCUUCAGGCUCGGUUUUCACAUUUGCUCCUCAACUUCAGGCAUUUCUGGUGCCCAAAUCAACUUCAUCAUCAUCAUUUUUUUCACAAAUAGCUGGAAUGACUACUACAUCUAGUCUCCCACAAUGCAGCCAAACACCCACUUCUGUUUCCAUUCCUUGUGGCUUUAAUCCAUCUGUGGGAAAAAAUCUCAAACCUAUGUUAGGCCAGCCCUCCAGCACUGGUAGUUUGAUAAAUAAGACUUCACCCACACCCUCUUCUCCCUUGAAGUCAUCCUCUGUUUCUUCCAGCACUCUACUACCAUCAACAACAAAUAGUUCAGUUAAUGUAAUUAACAUAUCAACAGGAAGUUUUGGUCAAACAAAUGCAAAUGCUAUUCAUACUCCAAAUAAACAGCAGCAAGUAGAUUAUAUCACAAAGAGUUGCCCUAUUAUGAGAUCAGAAGCAACAGCAGCAAUAAAUGGAGAUGUGAUCAGUGGGACUCCAGUUCAGAAACUUAUGCUGGUAUCAGCUCCAUCUGUUCUUCCUUCUAGCAAUGGAACUACAGUUAAUGUGGAACCUGCGCCAACCUCUACAGGUAUUUCAACCCAGAAAUUAGUUUUUAUUAAUGCUCCAGUUCCCAGUGGCACUUCUGCCUCAACUAUUGUUGCAGAACCAUUGAAACAAAGUCUUUCUCCCCACCUGAAUAAAACAUACAUUAAGACUCCAGAACAACCCCAGAUAGUACUAAUUCCAUCUUCGGUGGGAGCACCAUUAAAAUUAAAUUCCUCCCCAACUGUGUCUCAAAUAAAAGAUGUGAAAAUUGGGCUAAACAUAGGUCAAGCAAUUGUAAAUCCUUCAGGCCAUGUACCAGCUAUACCAUCAAUUAACAUAUUACAAAGUGUAACACAGAAAGGAGAAGAGAAAAGUAGCAAGGGCUAUGUUUUGCCACUGUCAACAACUGGUAAUUCAGUUUCAUUAAGCUCAAAUUUUGUGAGUCAAAAUAUUCCCGCUGUUAAUGAAUCAGUGGUUUCUGCAGCUAAAGCAGUAAACAUGUUUUCAGUUACAGGAGCAAAUGUUUCUUUGGGUUCCCUUUCAGUGACCUCAUCCUCUGCUGCAGUUGGGACACAACCUCCUGUGUUAGUCAGUGGAAAUGAUACCUCUUCAAGAAUUAUGCCUAUUUUGUCAAGUAGACUUUCCACAUCAAAUCUCGGAAACACUGUGGCUAUAUCAACUGUGAAAACAGGACAUCUUGCAUCCUCUGUUCUUAUCUCAACUACACAACCAACAUUGACUCCCAAAUGUCUAACAUCAGCUUUGCAAAUUCCUGUUACUGUUGCCUUGCCCUCACCUGUGACUACAUCUUCAAAAAUAAUCAGCACAGUUCCACAAUCAGCAACAGCAACAGGAGCCACAAAUCCUGUAUCUCUUUCUAAAAGACAAUCUCGAACUUCUCUCCCAUUUCAAUCACCAGGGACUUCAACUACAGUGCCAACAAAUGGAAACACAAAUAAACCUCAAACUGAAUUGUCAACACUUUCGCCAAGUCCAGGUAGAAUCAUUAAUAUUUCCAAUUUUACUUCUCUGCCAAACCACCAAAUGUCCCCUGCUUUAGUAAAAUCAACCCCCAGUUUCAAUUGUGCUCCAAGUGGCUCUGUUGUUCACACUGCUACACCACCAUCAAAUGUAACUAGUCUGGUAGGGGGUGCCUUCAGUGAACCUUGUAUUCAGCAAAAAAUAGUUAUCAACACCAGUACACCUUUGGCACCUGGUACUCAGAUCAUGAUUAAUGGAGCCCGGUUUAUUGUCCCACCACAAGGUCUUGGAGCUGGCAGCCAUGUUCUCCUUAUAUCUACUAAUCCAAAAUAUGGACCUCCUUUGGUUCUAAACAGUGGCCAAGGCAUUCAGGCUACACCAGUAGAUAAUCCUGCCCAGAAGGUAACAGUAGGAUCAAACCAUUCUUUGGGUGGGCAACCUAUAAAACAUUCUCUAAGAAGCUCUACAAAAAUUAUAAACUCGCUUGGGAAUGCCAGUUCUCUUCCCACAGUACAUACAACACCACAAAUUGUAAACACAACUGCUAAAAUUUCUAUUCCACCUCCUGCACCAGCAGUGUCAUUGACUUCAGUUAUUAAGUCUCCUCCAGCUACUCUUUUGGCUAAGACAUCUUUGGUGUCUGCCAUUUCUUCUGGUAAUCCUCCACUGCCAAGUAGCACUUCGGUAUUGCCUUUGGACACAUCUGUGAAAAAAUUGUUGGUUAGUCCAGAAGGAGCCAUUUUGAACACCAUAAAUACUCCAGUCUCUAAGGUUUCUUCAUUGUCUUCAUCUCUUUCUCAAAUUGUUGUAUCUGCCAGUCGAAAACCUGUCUCUGUCUUCCCUGCUUUUCAAUCAUCUGGUUUAGAGAAACCUGACACAGCUGCAUCUUGAAUUAGACUAAACGAGCCAGUUUUUAAAUAUUGGGGCAUUGUUUUAACUCCCUUGAAAAAUUUUAACUGUUUAUUAUCUGUUGAAAACAUACUCUAUACAUAGUUGAGAGAAUGUGUACGUACGUGCGUGCGUGCGUGUGUGAGUGUGUGUGUGCUUUAGCUUGCAGCAAGAUUUUCUUUUUUUAGGGAGGGAAAAGUGUAUAGAGGGAAAAGUGUAUACCAUUUCACUUAUUGAUAGGAGGAUGUUUUUCAGAAGUUCUUUGUUUAAAUAUAUGGUCAAGAUUUACUUGUCUGUAUAAAAAAAUUGAACAAAGUCAAAUUUGACUAGAGUAAGCUAGCCUUUUGCACACUUAAGUCAACAUUUCUUUUUUGAAUUUGAACUAUUACAGCGUAUUGAUGAUAUAGUUUUCUGUGUCAUUAGUAAAAUCUUAUUUUUGUUUCUGUACAAAGAAUAUAUAUAUUUAUGCAUUGUGAAAAUGCAGCCCAUGGUGUAAAAUUGUACAUAUUCCUAAAUCCCUAACAAGCUGUACUAAAUAUAUGUACAAAGAACUAUGCUGUCUUAUUUAUGUUUUGUUUACAUAAUGUAUAGUUUUUUAAGUAUUUUAGUAAUUUUGGACCAGUGAACUGUUAGCAACAAUGCAGAAGGAUCUGCAUGUAAUAAACUUGAGUUGCUGUA